GCAUGCUUUCCCUCCGCCUCCUCCUUGCACUCUCUCUGUCUCUCUCUCUCUCUCUCCUUCCCUCUCUCUGUCUCUCUUUCUCUCUCACUGCUGUGUGUGUGUUUUUUCUUCCUUCUUGCUGGACAGUGCAGCAGCAGCAGUGGAGGCAGAGGCAGUGCACCAGCAGUGAUAGUGGGAGCUCUGGUCCUCUCUCUCCCAGAAGAUGCUCAACAACCUAACCGACUGCGAGGAGGGGGAUGGGGGCACCAACAGCCAGGGAGAUGGAAACCCCAAAGAGAGCAGCCCUUUUAUCAACAGCAGUAGCAGCAUUGACAUUGAGAAAAGCCAGCAAUAUGAUGGCAAGCACAUGGCCUUGUUUGAGGAGGAGAUGGACACAAGUCCCAUGGUGUCCUCUUUGCUCAGCAGCCUUGCCAACUACUCCAACCUGCCACAGGGCAGCAAGGAGCAUGAGGAGGCCGAGAAUAACGAAGAGGCCCGCAAGAAACCGGUGCAGGCUCCUCGUAUGGGCACGGUGAUGGGUGUCUAUCUGCCAUGCAUGCAGAACAUCCUGGGUGUGAUCCUCUUCCUCAGGAUGACGUGGCUUGUGGGUAUUGGAGGAGUCUUGGGCACCUUCCUCAUCGUCUUCAUGUGUUGCUCAACGACUAUGCUGACAGCCAUUUCAAUGAGUGCAAUUGCUACAAAUGGAGUAGUGCCAGCUGGUGGUUCCUACUAUAUGAUCUCCCGCUCACUGGGGCCGGAGUUUGGCGGAGCAGUGGGCAUCUGUUUCUAUUUGGGAACCACUUUUGCUGGAGCCAUGUAUAUACUCGGCUGCAUUGAGAUUCUCCUGAUCUACAUAGCUCCACACGCGGCUAUAUUUCGCAUGGAAGGCCUGGACGGCCCCGAAGCUGAAGCUGCAAUGCUCAACAACAUGCGUGUGUAUGGAAGCAUCGUUCUCACCUUCAUGGCUCUGGUGGUGUUUGUCGGCGUGAAGUAUGUCAACAAGUUGGCGCUGGUUUUCCUCGCCUGCGUCAUCCUCUCUAUUCUGGCUGUUUAUGCGGGAGUGAUCAAAAGCGCUUUCGACCCGCCAUACUUCCCGAUAUGUGUGCUUGGUAAUCGGACUCUGAUGUCUAAGGGCAUUGAUAUCUGUGCAAAAACCAUUGAGUUAGGCAACGGUACAUUUACCACCAAACUGUGGAGACUUUUCUGUGACUCUGAGUUCCUCAACGCCACCUGUGACGAAUAUUUCACCAACAACAACGUUUCUCAGGUGCAGGGCAUUCCCGGUGUCACCAGUGGCAUCCUGGCAGAGAAUCUCUUUAGCACCAUCAUGAAUAAGAAUGACUUCUUAGAGAAGCGAGGUCUUCCUGCCGUGGUUGACCCCGAUGCUCCAGUAACAAACACUAACCGCUAUGUACUAGCAGACAUCACCAGCUUCUUCACUCUGCUGGUGGGCAUCUAUUUCCCCUCUGUCACAGGUAUCAUGGCUGGCUCCAACCGCUCUGGUGACCUGCAGGACGCUCAGAAGUCCAUCCCAAUUGGCACCAUCCUGGCCAUCUCCACCACCUCCACUAUAUACAUGUCCUCUGUGAUUCUGUUUGGGGCCUGUGUCGAGGGAGUGGUGCUGAGAGACAAGUUCGGUGAGGGUGUUAAUGGGAAUCUGGUCAUUGGUACACUUGCAUGGCCCUCCCCUUGGGUCAUCGUGUUUGGUUCAUUCUUCUCCACCUGCGGGGCGGGGCUUCAGAGUUUGACAGGAGCGCCUCGUCUCUUACAGGCCAUCGCGCGAGACGGGAUUAUCCCCUUCCUCAGGGUAUUUGGUCAUGGGAAGGCUAACGGUGAGCCCACAUGGGCUUUACUUCUGACAGCUACCAUAUGUGAGAUUGGUAUCCUUAUUGCCUCUCUGGAUGCUGUCGCACCCAUCCUCUCUAUGUUUUUCUUGAUGUGCUACAUGUUCGUGAACCUGGCCUGUGCUCUGCAGACGCUCCUCAGAACGCCAAACUGGAGGCCACGCUUCAAAUUCUACCACUGGGCGCUGUCCUUUCUGGGUAUGAGCUUGUGUCUCUCUCUGAUGUUCAUCUGCUCCUGGUACUAUGCCAUCGUGGCCAUGGUCAUUGCUGGCUGCAUCUACAAAUACAUAGAGUUCUGUGGGGCGGAGAAAGAGUGGGGUGAUGGGAUACGCGGCAUCUCUCUCAGCGCUGCCCGUUACGCGCUGAUGAGGUUGGAGGAAGGACCACCGCACACCAAAAAUUGGAGGCCUCAGAUCAUGGUGCUGGUUGGUUUGGAUGGAGAGCAGAACGUGGAGCAGCCACGUCUCCUCUCACUGACCAAUCAGCUGAAGGCAGGCAAGGGCUUGACCAUCGUGGGAGCUUGUGUUGAGGGCACAUACCUUAACAACCACACACAAGCACAGAAAGCAGAACAGUCCGUGAGGAAGCUGAUGGAGACAGAGAGGGUGAAGGGCUUCAGUCAGGUGGUGAUCUCUUCCAACCUGCGUGAUGCCACAUCUCAUCUGAUCCAAGCCGGAGGACUCGGUGGCUUACGCCACAACACUGUGGUCAUCAGCUUCCCGAAGAACUGGAAGCAGCAUGAGGACAACCGGCAGCUAAGGAAUUUCAUUGAGGUUGUGAGGGAGACCACGGCAGCUCAAUUGGCUCUUCUGGUGCCAAAGAACAUAGCUGCUUAUCCAUCCAAUGGCGAGCGCUUCACUGAGGGCCACAUCGAUGUCUGGUGGAUUGUCCACGAUGGAGGAAUGCUUAUGCUCCUGCCUUUUUUGCUGCGCCAGCACAAGGUUUGGAGGAAGUGCAAAAUGCGCAUCUUUACCGUGGCUCAGAUGGAUGACAACAGCAUUCAGAUGAAGAAGGACCUGAUGACCUUCCUCUAUCACCUGCGAUUCGAUGCUGAGGUGGAAGUGGUGGAGAUGCAUGACAGUGAUAUCUCAGCCUACACCUAUGAGAAGACUCUGGUAAUGGAACAGAGGUCACAGAUCCUUAAAGAGAUGCACCUUACCAAGAACGAGUGGGAGAGAGAGAUUCAGAGCAUCACAGACGUGUCCCGUGGCUCCAUCCGCCGGAAGAACCCAUCUAACCUUCAUCCGCAGAAGAACAUCACUGAGGAGCCUGCAGGGGGCAGUACCGAGGAGAAACCAGAAGAAGAGGUACAGCUCAUCCAAGGUAAGAAUGCCACGCCCACCCCGACAAGCCCUCUCUCCCCGACUCCUGUAGACAAAGGGGCCAUGAGCCCCAGUGAAGAGGUGCAAAUGACCUGGAGUGAUGACUUAGACAAUUCCAAGAAUCCAUCCGUGGCUAAUCCAGAGACCACUAAAGACCUGUUUAACAUUAAACCGGAAUGGGAAAAUCUGAACCAGUUCAACGUGAGGCGCAUGCACCAUGCGCAAAAGCUUAAUGAAGUGAUUGUGAGAAAGUCGCAAAAUGCAAAACUAGUCCUGCUAAACAUGCCUGGGCCUCCCAAAAACUGCACAGGAGAAGAGAACUACAUGGAGUUCCUUGAGGUCCUGACUGAGGGUCUCAAUCGAGUCCUCCUCGUGCGUGGUGGUGGACGUGAGGUCAUCACCAUCUACUCUUAAUAGACAAACACAUCCUCCCUCUGAAGUCUUUCUCAUGCCAUGUUGCUCGUUCAUAGACUGAACAUUCUAGUAUUCCCAGACUCUGCCAUGAGCAUUAGAGCCCCAGCACAUAUCAGACUACUUUGCACUACAUAAUCAGAGACCUCCUUAUUACACCAGCUUAACCAUCACUCAGCAUUAUUAUCUCUAUUCGUUUAUUUUUCUCUCUUCUUAAGUUAAUGAACUGCAAACUCUCGGCCAUUUUUACUGAUUUUUGACAGUGCAUGCAUUGCACAGAUAGGUAGUUGACUCUCAGAAGACUGAUAUCCCAAAGUUAGAAGCAGUCAAACACUUUGAUACUGAUACCGUAAAGCUGAAGAAGAGUAGGUUUAACUAUCCGUUUAUGAAAAUGUCUUCCAGUGUAUUGUCUUAUGGCCCGAGAGACACUUUGAAUCAAAACCACAGGAUGCGUGUGUGCGUGUGUUUGAUCGGCUUGACUGCUAGGAGAGCCAAAACUUGUAGCUGUCCAUGUGUCCAUGCCAUGGACGUGUCUGAAUAUAGAAAAGUGAUGGUGCUGAGAUGCGUAUGUGUGUGUAAUGAGUAGUCGCUUUUAAUAUAUUGAAGCUUAAAAAAAAAAUAACAGGGCUGUGAGAUUCUUGAAAACUUGGAAAAUUUUUAACACACAAACCUCUACUUCAGUUCAUAGUAUAGUAUUUACACUGAUGACAAAUUGAGAUAAUAUGUGAACAAUAAUGAUACGCAUCAGCAUAUCAAAUAGGGAUAUGUGCAUAUUGUAGUAUAGAUAUAAAUAUUAUUGCUAAAAAAAAAGUAUUAUGUGAAAGCUUUAUCAAUUAAAUUAUAUACAGUAUACAGCAUUUAAAAAAGUAGAAAAUAUUCUAAAGGAAUAGAAAAUGUUAAACUAUAUGCAUAUUGUGAAUAUUUAUCUACACAAAAGUUUAUGACAUCAUCAGCAAUUUUGAAACUCUACCAUGAUGAUCACCAGCUUUUGCCAAACACUAAAAUGUGCAAUGUGUGCCAUACGGACAAAAAAAGACUUUGUUAAAUAGAACUUUUCUCUUUAAACGUAAAUAGGUGAAGAAAGAACAUUGACUAUAUUCCUAUAAUAAGCUAACGAGGCACUUUCCCUGGCCUUCAUUCAUUUUGUAUUGUUUAAAUAAUGCACCAAACAUAUUCUCACAAAACCUAAUUACAUUGUACAGUGAACUCUCUAUUUUUAAAAGCGUUAUGUUACAUUAGUCAAAUAUUCUAUAUAUAAGAGCAACUCACAGAUAUUCUAUGUUUACUUAGAGUAGAAGUAGAUUAUAUGAAAUCUAUAUAUAUCCAUAUAUCCUCUUUUUUUUGUAAAAUUAUGAAAAUGUUUACUGAGUAGACUAGUGAAAAAAAAACAUAAUUCUGCUGUCUUGUGUAAUUGUGAAAAUGAAGGAGAAACUAGAAUCCAAUUGCAGUGAGGAUUCUGUUUUUCCUCACACAUGUAUAUAUAAGAUUCACACCAACCGCAGGCUACGUAAAUGAGGCAGGAAGCUGGUUAACAUUAAGAGCACUGCCCUGACUGUGCUUUUUCAUGUAAGCUCACUUUUGUCUAGUGUAUGCAUUGGAGAAAUGUAUUAACAGUGAUAAGUUAACGUAUGAGUAGGUCUCACUUAUCGGCCCUUACUGAAAACUCACACACUUUUCACAAGUGAUCAUAUGUUUUUUGUUCAUGUUAUUAUGUUCUUUUCACGGAUUUGACAUCACGUAAAUGUGACAUCGCAAAAAUAAUAAUAAUAUGAUUUUACAUGUGAAAAUUAAACCACAUGCUCUAAAUGUGAAUAAUUUACAUGACUGAGUCAUGUGAGACAAUCAAAUGAAAAUAAAUUAAUCAUGUGUUUAAAAAAAAUUGCAUGUGAAAAUAAAUAAAUUGGGUAAAAGAAAUCACAUGAAAAUAAAUUAACCUUGUGGGGAAAAAAAUCACCUGUAAAAAAAAAAAAAAAGAAAAAAAAGCACAAAUGAAAAACUUCAUCACGUGUGGAUAAAUUAAUCAUACAGAACAGAUCACAUGUGAACAUAUAAUUAAUUGUGAAAGAAUUACAUGUGCAAAUGCAUGAUUUCUAAAAUAAUCAAGUGAUUUUUUUUUUGUGAAAAAAAAUGUGUGAAAAUAAAUUCAUCGUGACAAAAUUCACAUCUGAAAAUAACUUAAUCAUGUCAAAAUAAUUUAAUUCUUGUUGGGGAAAUCACGUGAAAAAUUAAUUGUGUGGGGAAAAAAUCAUGUGAAAAUAAGUGAUUUGUGAAUAAAUCAAGUGAGAAUAGAUCAGCAUGUGAGAAAAUAUAAAAAAAGAAAUCAAUCUUGUGAAAUCUAUGCUCACAUAGGCUGUGAAAAAAAAUAUCACGUAAAAAGAUUAAUAUUUGAGGAAAAAAUUGCAUGUGAAAAUAGAAAAUAAUUGCAUUACAUGUGUAAAAUGUGUGAAACAUAACAUGUGAAGUGUCUAAAAACCCAAAUGUGUAAAUUUCACAUGUGAAAUUCUUGUGACUUUUUUGUAAGGGUGGGAAAUCUCUCUGUGGUGGUUAUACAGGGUUUUUGGCACUUAAAUUAUAGGCGUUUUUGGACACAUUAACUUACAGGUGAUUUCUUUGUGAAACAACACUAACAGUACAUGUUGCUAUCAAACUACCUAACAUAAGAGUACAGUGUACAGUUAUAUUAAUAGGAGAAACUUGGACACCAUUUCAGAAAUUUUCAUCACCUUCCCUGAAGAUUUCUUUAGUAUGUUUGCUAGAUUUAUUUAAACAUAAUUUGAACUAUCUAAGCUACUUUAAGCUAUCUAAUAGCAAGGACGUGAUUUACAUAGCUAGAUUGAGGAGUUAAGUGCUGUUGUGUAGUAGCUUGCCAUUUCUUACUUAACAGUUUAACAUUUUCAAAUUCAGCCUCUUGAAUUUGUGUGUUGAGCAUUGUGGGUUUUUUUGUUUGUUUGUUUUUUUAUUUAUUUAGUUUCUUGCAUAGUACUUUAUUUCAAACUGAAUCACCAUUUCUAAAGUAAAAACAAAUGUUUUGGUAACACUUUCUAUGUAACCCAUAUUCAUGACACAUAAAAGUUGAGAAUGAUUCUCCUAAUAUUUUAAUAAUGCCUCAUAAAGCCCUAAUAAUUUGCUAUAAAUAAUUCCAGAAUAAUCAUGUUGUAAUGCAAGUGUCACUAUUCAUUAUAAUGCCAUGUGCUCUUAUGCACAACCUUUAUAACUAAUAACAACAUGAAUAAUUAUUGUAUAAAGUUUGAAACUUUUAAAAUACUAAUUCUAGGUAAGAUGUAAGACACUAUUAACCUUACUUUUCUAAUGUCAUUUGGAAAGAGUUACCAAAGUUGGGUAUGGAAUAUUUGGAAAUAAUUUCAAUUCACAGUGAUGUUAAGGGCUCUCCAAUAUCAUUCCAUGCUAAUAAAUUACAUAUGUUAUUUACUAGGACUGCACUUACAGGGCUGGACAGAGAUCAAGAGUAGUUCUGGACUAAAACAAAAAAAAAAACACACACAAAAAAAUGUAAAACUGAAAAUCUUUUCUUUAACGAAAUGCUUCGUUCUGUAACAACAAAGUAGAACAAAUGUUAGCACUGUCAUGUCACAGUCAAAUAUUAUUUCAGAUCUUUUCUGGUGCAUGUAAGAGAUGGUUUCAUUGUCCCAUUUGCUUUUUAUAUUGCAGUUACACCCCCCCAACCCCCCCCCCUCCCACACACACACGUACACACACACACACACACACACAAUUUCCCCCCACGCUUGUCUUGCGCUGUGAAAUUGCCUUUAGGGAACAGAGCAUUCUAAAUAUAUUCUGAAACUUACAGCUUGAAUCUCAGCUCAUGCUAAUUAUGCAAUGUUGACUUGUAGCCUUUUUGCAACGAGAGCGUUAAAGUUUUCUACUGGUAGUCCAGCAAGGUCGAUAAAGAGACCGGUUAAUUAGAGUUACUUUAAUUAAAACUGCAGGUUUUUUCAGAAGGUGCUAUAAACUUAUGCAUGAUUGUUGUGGAAAUGCGAGAAUAUCAUUUAAGACAGAAAAUUUAUAAGGAGUAAGUUAGAGAUAUUCAUUGCCAGAGGAGGAUGUAGCCUAACAAAUGUAUGGUGUAGAAAAGCGGUGUGCGGCUCAGGAGUCACAAAUACUACACAAAUGCAAUAAUGAGUAUAAUAAAAACCCGGGGCUUCCUCUUAGAGGAUAGAUUUUUCAGCAAGAUCUGAUGGAU